AUGCGCCGCUCAAGGCCCUUGGCCAAAAGACACAGUCCCUUUGGACAUAUUGGUGGUCUCCAGCAGGCUAGCUCCCGACUAUGUCGAUGCAAUCAUGAAACUUCCAGCGAGCACUUGCCUCGACUACACUGUCCUCCAGCGCCCAGCAGUCGCUAUGGUUACCUUCGUGAACCAUCUCGAAGCGCGACGGGGGAAUUGUUGCCCAAGUACCUUUUUGCUUUAGAUAUUUAUCAAAGUGCCCCGGUCCUUUCCAGUCUCUUCGGUUCGAUCGUUGAGAGCAUCCGGUACUUAGGACCCGAGAACUGCGCCCUUUCGGUGGUGGAGGGCCGAUCAACCGACGGCACUUUCGAGAUUCUGUCGUCGCUCCAGCCAGUGCUGGAGGGGAUCGGCUUGAAAUACUACUUCCAAACCAGCGAUAUCGAUCCUAGCAGCGAUCGCAUCCAGGCAUUAGCGGCGCUUCGCAAUCUCGCAAUCGAGCCGUACACCGCCGCCCCCAAUACGUUCUCCGAGUCGUCCACGAUCAUCUUCAUCAAUGAUAUCGUCCUCUGCGGCGAAGAUACCCUCGAGGUGAUCCAUCAACGCCAAUAUCAAGGCGCCCAUAUGGCCUGCGCGAUGGAUUGGGUCUACGUUGGAAACGACCCGACCUUCUACGAUAUCUGGAUUGCGCGCGGCAUGACUGGCGACUCAUUCUUUAAUAUCCCCGAGGACGGAAGCUGGAAUUAUGCGUGGAACCUCUUCUGGAAUGACCCCGAGGCUCGGUCAAGCUUACAUGCGGGACUGCCGUUCCAAGUAUUCUCCUGCUGGAAUGGCAUCGUUGCCUUUAACAGUCAGCCAGUCUUCGAGAAGAAAGUCGGUUUCCGGUCUGUAAACGAUAAGGAGUGCUUCCAAGGGGAACCCAAGCUCUUCUGCAAAGAUCUGUGGCACCGUGGAUAUGGCAAGAUUGCCGUUGUUCCCAGCGUGAAUGUUGGGUAUUCUGUGGAAGAAGCGCAAAAGCUGAAGAAGCUUAAAGGGUAUGUCUCUAAUCGGCUAUCCUCAGGAGAGCAAGAGAGGCAGAUUGCAUGGAAAGGUGAGCCACCAGAUUUUGUCAAAUGUAUGCCAGGAUAUGAGCACCAAUCGUUUGUUCCAUGGAAUGAAGGACUUUCGGUAUAGAUUGUCAUGGUUCAAAACUGCAGUUUGUGUUGAUACCUGGGGAGGAGGUUAAUGGCAUCUAGUAUUAUCUCUGUCGCGUUCCUGGAAUUCAUCAGUCAGGCUUUACGUUUCCUAAACCGCGACGCGUUCCCACCA